UCUUUAGGAGCCAAAUGGGCACCAGCUGCAUUAAUCAUCAGGAGAUUUAGCAUUUAUCAUAUUGAGAAAAUGUCUAAUUAUUAAGUUAGACAAUGCUAUUGUUAAACAAACACAUGGUCUCUAUGGCACUGUGAAGGUUCCAGUUUAUUUCAGCAUAUGCCAGAUACAUAUUUAUUAAAAGAGAUAAUGAGUAAACAAGCCAGCAGAAAAAAGGUGACUUGUAUAGUUAGACACUUGUGUUCUCAAAGCAGACUGAAGUGGUGACAUCAAUGAAAGCCUUGUUCAAGCUGGUGGAGGUGAGUCAGCUGAGCCCCCGCCUGGACGGCACACUGUCUCACAGCCCCUGUGACUGGAUGGAGCUGCACAAGAAACUCUUCCCAUUUGUGUCUGAUCUGUAUGAGGCGUCCAGCCUCCUACUGAGAGCCAUCAGUAAGUUAGAGGUGCCACACAGGACGGACAGUGUGCAGACUGUACAGCAGUGCAUGAUGGACCAAAGGACUCUGAUGCGGGAUGUUCUGGAGGACAGCCGAUUGGUCGGCCUGCAAAGGGAGGGUGGGGCAAUGUUGGCGAGGCUGAGGAAGGAGAGUGACCUCAAGUACCCCGACUGCGAGGACCUCAGUGAUGCAGUGGACUCAGUGACUAGCUUAUACAACCAAGUGGAGGAGCAGGCUCAUGUGCUCGUGCAGAGGUCCAACUUCUCACUGGAGCACCUGGAGUAUCUGCUGCAACUCAGAGAGAUGGAGGGACACUUCAUGCAGAUGCAACAGUGGUUAAAAGUAGAGGGAGAGCGACACCUGCUGGAAGCUGCAUCAGUGGAAGACUCUGGAGACAGAAUGGAGCAGAUCCUCAACAGCUUCACUGGUUUCCUUAUUGAAGCAAACGACCGAAGGCAGCAUGCCAUGACUUUAGUGUCAGAGGCAGAGCGACUCCAGCAGAUUGGGUGCUCCUACCCAGAGACAGAGUUGUUCUGGUCUCUAGUCUGCAACUUCAAGACAGGCCUGGAAGGCUUUCUCUGUAGGGCUGAGGCAUGUGGCAGGGAGCUGCAGAUCAUGGUCAACGUGUGUGAUUUUUGUGAGCAGGCUACAGCUCUGGCGAGUGAAUGCAUGGAGUACCUGGACCAGAGUCACUCCAGAAAUCACACCAUGAAAGACCUUGACGGAACUUCAUCGCCUGUCAAUCAAGCGAACACUCAGUCAAUACAACACCAAAAUCAAGAGUCCGGACCAAGCUCAGCACACUUUUCCCCGUCUUAUACGCAUGCAGCACAUGGCUCAGGCCCAACAUCAGAAAAUGACGGCUCCAUCCUCCAGAUUUUCCAAGACAAGUUCCUACAGUUCAGCCCAGAGAGAUUUCAGGAGGUGAAGGCCCAGGCCAGCUCCCUGCAGGGCUCCAGGGGGAUGGGAGUAUGGAAUAUAGCCUGGCUCAGAUGUCAGGAGGCCAGGCAGCAGCUUCAGGAGAGGCUGCAGGAGGUGGACGAAGUUUUCCAUCAACAACCAGAUUCCAGCAGCUGGAAUGAACAUCAUUAUAUUGAUGUGGUGAGCACUAAUGUCCAGACACUUCCCCCUGGUGGCAGGAAUCUGGUGGUACAAUCAACACCAGGGCCUGGACACUCGCAGUGGGAGGGCAUCAUAACAGGAGCAGUGGAUUUAGGGAAGAGAAGGCCCAUUUUGGGCAGCAGCAGCACUAAUUCAACACCUUUAGCCUGCUGUAACAUCAAUGUCAAACCUGAGGAUAGCAGUGAUGCUGGAACCAGCCAGGGUUCAAAGACCACUCCACAGUCACCUCAGAGUAACAGGACAGCAAGGAGAACAGAAAGAGAGACGAGGAGGAGACAGGCAAGCAGAGCCAGGAGUGAGAGAGAUGCUGCUGCCCUGUCCCAGUCCCACACCGUCGGAUGCCAGUGGUUUCCAUGGGGACGGGGUCUUGGAGUGAGAUCUGUGAGCCAGGACUCUUGCGCCACAAGGGUAGCAAAGGCAGAGUCUUCCACUCCUCCAGAGCAGCGGGUUCGAUCCCCGUCAUCCUGCUCCCACCACGGUCAGCCAUCUUGUCGGAUCCUUCAGGAAGCUCAGAAGUUCCAAAUCUCACGGCAUGGGAGCUUCUGCUCUGAAGAUUCCUGCAUGAGCGACCGGGCCACUGCAGGGGGUGAUGGGACUUUGUGCUGCAAACACUCCAGCCUGCCUAUUGGGAGAUAUGAGGGGGUGUUUUGUUUGGCAAAUCCUCAGGAGAGUGCCAGCAAUGCCCUGAGGCUGCAGCGUGUCCUGGAGGAGCUGGUGUUUACAGAGAGGGAGUAUGUCCGCUCGCUUGGUUACAUCCUGACCCACUACCUCCCCCUGCUGGACAGACCAGACAUUCCCCAGGAACUCAGAGGGAAGCGAGGUAUCAUCUUUGGCAACCUUGAGAAGCUUUACGACUUCCACAGCCACUACUUCCUGCCGGAGCUGGAGGCCUGUCAGAUGGAGCCUGCCAUGGCGGCCCGCUGCUUCCUCAGACAUAGUGACAGUUUUGGCCUGUACGCUCUAUACAGCAAGAACAAACCUCAGUCAGAUGCCCUGAUCUUGCAUCGUCGCCAUGACAUCUUCAAGAAGAAGCAGCAGGAGCUUGGAGAUAUGAUGGACCUGUCGUCCUACCUGCUGAGGCCCAUCCAGAGAAUCAGCAAAUACAGCCUCCUGCUGCAGGACAUGCUGGCCCUGGCUGGCUCAUACAGGCCAAAAGACAUGAUCAAGGACACACUGCACGCAACAAGUGUAUGUGCACAAAGUGUGUGUGGCCCUGGUGCAUUUGUGCCCGAUCUGACGAGCAGUGAGAGGGAGCGGGAGAAGGCUGAGAUCCAAUCAGCUGCAGACCUGGUUCGGUUUCAGAUGCGUCACGGCAAUGAUUUGCUCACCAUGGAUGCCAUCCAAGAGUGUGAUGUAAAUCUACAAGAGCAGGGUCAGCUGGUUCGCCAGGACGAGUUCACGGUUCUCUUCAGGAAAAAGAAAUGUACCCGUCGUGUCUUUCUCUUUGAAGACCUCAUCCUCUUCAGCAAGACCAAGAAGACAGAUAUUGGCAACGAUGUGUAUGUCUACAAGCAAUCAUUCAAGACAAGCGACAUCGGGAUGACCCACAACUCAAGUUUGAGUGGUUUGUGUUUUGAGAUAUGGUUCCGCAGGAGGAAAAGGGACGACACUUACACCCUGAAGGCCUCCAGCGUGGAGGUAAAGAAAGCAUGGACCACGGACCUGGAGAGGAUUCUGUGGGAUCAGGCCACUCACAAUCGAGAGAUGCGUUUGCAGGAGAGGGUGUUUAUGGGAAUGGGCCGCAAACCAUUCAUGGACAUUCAGCCCAGUGAUGCUGCUAUCUGUGACCGAGCCGUCAGCUGUGUCCUCCCCGGGAGAAUCCCUGUGGCCUGUUGUUCACACAGGGGCAUAGAAUAUCCACGGCCACACUCCAUUGGCUCGGGUAGCACCGCCUCAACCACCAUCAGCCAAUCAUCUUCCUCCUCUGGACGGGGCUCACUGCCCCCUGCAGGUUACCCUGGGAACCAGUCACAAGGAGUGGAGUCAAGUCCUGCUGGCUGUUCCUCCCUUGAGGCUGACAAUGAAGUGAACAAUCAUCAUCUCCAUCAGCAUCAUCUUUAUUGUAACUGUGAACAAUGGAAAACUCCUCAUCCUCUGGUGGACAGCACUGGAUCAUCUGGAGAAUGCAUUGACCUCCUCAGCAGCUCAGAACGCAGCCGCCUGUCUGCCAUCAGUGGAGAAGUAGUGGACGACUCCUCUUCCUUUCUCUCCCAGAGGUCUAAGCAGCACCCUCCACUUUGUCGGACCUCCAGUAUGAGUAAAAACGGCUCACCAGCUGUAACAGGAAGAAAAACAGGUGUUGCCCCUAUACCUCCACAUCUGGCUAAUGUUCAGAUACAGGGUGAUGAUAUCAUAAUUGGAAAAUCUACAGAAGUUUAACACUUUGUUUCCUGAUGAAGAUCAUAUGUCCACUGGAACUUCCCAGCCUUGUUGGAGAUCUUCAGACCAAUCAGACUGAGUAAAAAAACCCUUGUCUUGUAACAAAGAAGAGAAGAGACUGCUACGUGGGUGAAAUGGUUAACAGCUAACAGAGUGAGAUAUGUACACCCAUCUGAGAAAGCACUUUUUCAUUGCACUUUUUGCAAUGAUGUGCAAUAUCUGAUGGGUUCACUUAAAUUAAGCCAAUCAACCAAACUAACUGGGUGUUUUUCCAGGUUUAACUGUCUCUCAGGUCAGAUUUAGCCCACAUGUUCUGAGUCUAUGAGCUGUGCUGCAAUGAGAAACCAAUAGUUUUGGUCAAAGGAUACAUUUAAAUACAUUUAUUUUGAUGUGUCAGCUUUUCAGCCUAAGGUAUUUUUGAAGAAUAAUUGAUUAUGUUUACUACUGUCAUAGAAGUCAGUAACUAAAGUGGAACAAUCAUACCUGACCAGCAUCUGUAUUCAAGAGCAGAGAAACCACCUCAGUCCAGUGAUACAGAAUGCUUCUCUCUUUGUUUUACACUCAUUAUUAUUCAUUAGCUGUAAAAGUGUUGCUGAAGAAGCAGUUUUUAGAUAUUUUUUUUCAAACAGGACAACUUUGUUUUGGUUACAAGAUGACAUGGGAAACAUAAUGCAGUGCCAAUACACAGUUCUAAUAACUUAUGAAAAGGGAGAGACCACUGGCUUGUACUACUUGUAUUGGUUGUACAGGCAAACACCACUAACUGUUAUUUAGGGUCAACUAAUGGUUCUCCACUUCUUAGUGUUCCAGCUUCUGCUCCUUUAUGACAAGCAAAGGAAGGUAUUUCUUUUCAUUUAUUUGAUCGAUGAGUUAUGCCAUUCUUGUCAUUCUUCUGUGAAUUUAUUGCUGUGCAAACAGCGUUCAUGAUCUUGAAUAAUCUUGAGGCCAAAGGGUCAAUGUGUGUUAAAUGUACUUAAAAUCCACUCAUUUUUAUGACACUACUUAUACAUUUGUUGUUUUGUGUGCUAUCAUCUUUUCUAUUGGUUACUUCCUUAUCUUGUUAAUGUCUUUAUUUAUUCUGUUAUUUUUUUAUACAAAAUACGGGGUCAAUGCCAUUUUUGUAGUCUUGAUUUUUUCUUGAUUUUUUUCUUUCUUGCUUGCUUUCUUUCUGAAUAUUUAUUUUUCUUACGGAGAUGUUUCACUUCAGUGUCCUUCCUCUGAACUCUGUGCUACCGUUGGAGAAUGACGAGACAGAUUGCAGUAACAUACAUGGCAUCAGCCUGUGACAAUGUUUUACUUCUUUAUUCCUCAGAAUGACAGCCAUUGACAAUGUUUACAACAGCACACUCUGUUUAUCUGUCCUUUAAGUUUAUUUAGAAAUGUAACAGUGAGUACAUACUCUGAUCAAAUGUCAUCAUAUGUGGACUCUGUUCAACUUGUCAGUUCCUUGCAUCUGUUCAACAAAUAAGAAAAAAAAAAGUUCAUGACCUGUUGGCGAUAACUGACAUCCUAAAACUGAAGUGUCAUCAGUCUGAGCUGAAAGUGAGAAAUGUGUUGAGUAACUUUUAGAAUACUAGCAAAACAAGAAAAAUGAAUAAAACUGUAUAGAUUGUUUGGAUUUUAUAAAUGUAAUAUAUCUACUCUAUAUGUCUGACUCAUUUCAAUAAAACAUUUUGUUACGAUUUCAUUAUAAAGUCAUACACCAAAUGUUAAAGACAAAUAAUAAAUACGUAAUUUAUGAACACA